CACAUUCCUCAUGACAGAGGUGACACAGCAGCUGGCAGAGGCCCUUGCCUCGUCAGUCCUGGCCCAGAUGAGCUUGUUCCCGCUGCGCGAGCAUGUGGCCUCGGCCACCGCCGCCGCCGUCGACUCGCUGCCGGCCGAGACGGCCUCGGUCGUCCGCAAGGACCUCCCGGGCCUGGUCGACGCCGUGUGGCAGUGUGUCAAGGCCGGCUACUUUGCUGCAGACACUCCGCCUGACGACUCGCGGCUUGCUCAUGCCCUUGAAGACCUGGCGCUUCCCUUGUCCGCUACGGCCUCCCAUGCAGACGCUGCCCAUGUCCUCCUCCGCGGGCCGUGGACACCGCGCCCGUCGGCGCCCAUCUCGGACGAGUCGGUGACCUGGACCGGCCCGCUGACCAGCGAUAGCACCGCUCACCUCGGCUCGGCUGUUCCGCUCGACGACCAGCCGUGGUCUGCCGUCCUGGCGGCUGCUGCCACGGGCGCGCUCGCCGGCGUUGCGCUUGUCGUUCAGCUCGCCGCCCGCGUCGACGCCGGCGACGUGGAUGGGCCGACCGCGCUUGCGUACAUUGUGGCCAACGCGCCGUACCUGCGCGGGCCGGACGAGCCGGCAACGUCGGAUCCGGCCCUCGCGGCUGCCUGCCUGUCCCUCCUCCGCGCUGCCACCGCCGCCGAUCUCGCCGCCGCCGCCGCGUCCGACAAGUCGGCCAAGAAGAUCGUCCGCAAGCUGGAGCUCGCGCUCGCCCGGGUCAAGGCAUUUUGCACCGCCGCCAAUGCGUGCGCGAUUGCUCCGCUAGCCCUCGCUACCUGUGGCGUCUCGCUCGACACCGUCUCGGCCGUCGCUGUCGACGCCUACCUCGUGCCGCUCCUCCUGCACUGCGCAGAGACGGCGGCGCCGCUCGCACAUACCUCGUAUCUGGCCUUUCUCGCCCACAUUGUUGCUGCCCGUCUCCUCGCCUCGCCGCCGGCCAGCGGCUCGCCGGCUGCCAGCAAGGCUGCGCUUGUCGCCUCGUCGCAGGCCACGGCCUCGGCACAGCUGCUCGGCUUCGACCUUCGCGCCCGCAUCUUCGAGACGGGCAUCCCGUGCAUCAACGCCGUCUCGCCCAUGCGGGUCGAGGCGCAGCUUCUCUCGGCCGAGGCUGUCUCGUUUGAUGUCAUGCUGCAGCUGGUGGACGAUGUGCUUGACGCGUGA